GGGUGAUGAGGUUUGAGUGCUGAGAUCCCUGAGGUGCCUGAAGUAGAGAAAAUCAGGCCUCGGCAACAGCAGCCCUAUCAUGCUGACCCAUUUCCUCCUGCUAACCUUGUCCCUUCCCUUUCAGUUUUCCUUCCCUACCAAUAUAGUCCUGAAAAACCUGUGGCUAUUUCGUCCCAUUGUAAGCAGGUUACUGGAGAAGAAUCACAUAACCAAUGCACUGAUCAGAACCACUGCAGCCCCCACUAUGUUCAAUGCAGGAGUCAAGGUGAAUGUCAUCCCCCCAUUGGCUCAGGCUACAAUCAACUUCCGAAUUCACCCUUCGCAGACAAUGCAUGAGGUCCUAGAACUUGUCAAGAAGACCGUGGCUGAUGACCGAAUCCAGAUGCGUGUGUUGAGAUUCACUGAUCCCGUGCCCAUCAGCCCCUCUGAUGACCAGGCCUUGGGCUACCAGCUGCUUCAACAGACCAUAAAAUCUGUCUUCCCAGAAGUCAAUAUCGUUGUCCCUGGCAUUUGUAUUGCGAAUGCAGACUGCCGACACUAUGCCAACAUCACCAACGGCAUCUACCUGUUCAACCCCGUGUUCCUGCAACCUGAGGGCUUCAGUAGUAUCCAUGGAAUCAAUGAGAAAAUCUCAGUUCAGAGCUACCAGAACCAGGUGAAGUUCAUCUUUGAGUUGAUGCAAAAUGCUGACACCAACACAGAGCCAGUUCCUCAUCUGCACGAACUAUGAAGCAAGGAUCCGGCUGAGCGAGGAGUGCCCAGCACUGCGCCAGGACUACCCUAAAGGGAGAGAACGCUGAUACUGAUGGAAGGCUUGAUAGAAAACAUCUUGUCAUGCAGAGCUCACCUGCCUCCUCCACUCACCAGGGAAUGAGCUCCAUGGAGAAGAGGAAGAUGAGCAGAAACUGGCCUGUUAGCCUCUGGAUGUCUGUGUUCUUCCCCUGAGUGGCAUUCACUGCCUUCUGGUCUGUCCUGCUUGUUGGUCUCUCUCUUGUUGGUUAUUUAACUAUUCCACUUUCCCAGCCUGACUUAGCAAAUGUAGAUUUUGGAAAAAUCUCAAGUAGGUUUUAUCUAGAUAGAAUGUUAAUUUAGGGUGCUUGAGCUGGACUGUCUUCUAGAAUUUCCUUUCUCCUGUCAUUUUCUCUCAGACUUUGGAGCUGCCUCUUGGCCUCUCCUUUUCUGCCUCUGCUUCCUUUUUCCAUUCUCUGGUUCAUUCCACAUCUGGAAUAAGACUCAGUCAAACUGAGACACUCUCACAAUCACAGUCAGUCAAAUAAAGGGGUUGGGGACUGUAGCAUCAGCUGCUCUCUGACAAGUGAGCUUGAGGUAGAAACUUUGAGAGAACACUAUAACUACUGGUACCAGAGGCUGGGGCCUGAAAAAGUAAGCUGCUGGCCUUGGGCUCCUGGGACUUUAUUCAACCCUGUUCCUGCCACCUGCACUUGCUGCUCCACCCCAGGAGGCACUAAUCCAUUGAAGCAUUUUGCUGGCACAGCCUAUGGGGCUGAGCUCCCAAGAAAGAAACUUUCACUCAAGAUCCAGCUUCCCACUGGAGCCCAGAACCAGCAGAGCCCUGGCCCUGGCGUCAUGUCCUGUUUCGGGGAAGUAAAGGACAAUAAAGGGGGUGGCUAAAGGUUUUCUUCCCUGGUCAAGACAGGCAAGGGGAGGUAGCCUCCAUUAGAGGAUAGCAGAACUCCUGUCUUCUCUCUGGACUCUAAUCCUAGGCAUAUUUGAAUCUUCCCAGUAGCUGCCAGGUGGGGGCGGGGGAGAGGGCAUUGGAAAGCAGCAUUUCUUGACUCAAGGCCAAGAUCUGUGCUUUGUGGGUCACAAGGGAGUCAAGGUCACAAGAGGAGAUACAGAAAUGGGACUUGAAAGACUCCAUCUUUUCCCUUCUCCAGCCAGGACAGUCUAUGUGUACCAGGGCUUUGAUAGUACUAGGUUUCCUUGACAACUCCUCAGUAACCCCAAUUCUCCCUCACUCCCGAAUCCUUACGUUCCUCCUGUGGAUGUGAACUGUUCCUUGCAGCUUGGACUUAAUUGUCACUGUUAGAAACAGUGUGGGAAUUAUUCAAGCUUUUUUGCUAUUCCUGCUAAGAUUCACAUUCCUUCCCUCACUCUCCCUUUCUGGCCAAUUCAGUACUUAUUCAGUCUUUGUUGGAGGGCAAGCUUAAGAAAAAAAAAAAAAAAAAAAAAAAAAAAAAUUCUUCAUUUUUGUGCAGAGCCCUACAAAGUAGUUUUAUACACCUUAUCUCAACCCUGUAAACAUGCUACUGUUAGUCCUUCCUACAGAUGGGCUCCAUUCUGAGUGGGCUACACAUCUAGCUGUAAACAGUUAUGGAAACCCACAUUACCUGGCUCCCAAACUCACCAUUAUUCUCUGAUCCGACUCACCACUGAUUUCUUAUUUAAUCCUCAUAUCAACUUCUGUGGUAUGUGUGUACCCCACAUUUGUAUGUUGUAAACUUAAUCAUAUAAGAAAAGUAUUCAGAGGUGGGAAACAGAGCCUUUAUAGGGCUAUUAGGGUUAGACAAGGCUAUCAGGGCUGAGCCCCAUCUUUGACUUACUGAUAGCUUUUUAAGAUGAGAGUUUGAGAAGACAGAUACAUUUAAAUUGAUUUGGACAUUGUACCAUGAAUACAUAUGUCAAAAUAUCACACAGUACCCCAUUAUAAGAGAAAAAGAGAGCAGAAGACAGACAAGUUCAUACAUGCAUUCCUACAUCUUGCCAUGUGAAGUCCUGUGCCAUCUCUACAGCAAAAAGACCCUUACCAAGGAGCAAACCAGUGUUCCCCACAUGAUUUUAAAGCUCCAAAGCUGUAAGCCAAAAUAAACCUCCUUUCUUUGUAACUCAA